AUGGUGCUACCCAGCUGCUUUCUAACCAUUCCGGCGCUGGCAACCACUGUUAUCGACUCUGGUGGUUAUCAUGUCCCCGCCACUCUUGCCUACGCGCCGACGAACACCAACUAUUUUGGUGCCACAGCGUGCGGGCUAAACUCCUUGACCUCAACGACGUGGCCCGCAUCAACGGCCAAAUGCACCCUCCCUGCUUCGGUUUCAGGCAAGGCGUAUUCCGUUACACCUGUUGUUUAUGUUCCGCGAGCUACCCCCGGAGUUAUCGAUCUUUUCCAGAGACCCAUGAGGGUUGAUAACUACACUUGCGACCCGAUCCCGGUAGCGAGCAUGAAUAACGGCAACUUCCAGUUCUCGUGCAAGAACUUGCGCGGGAAGGACAUGGGCCAAGGCCACCACUCGAUUAGCUGGAUCUUGCCUGCGGCCGCAGGCGUAGCCAUCAACACUUACGGCUUCAUCGCCUACCAGCCGAUCUCGACGCCGACGUAUGUGGUCAAUUCAGCCAAGGCGACGACAAAUCUGGUUCCGACGACGAAUGGGGUUACGACAUACACGCGGUCCUUCACCGAUACGAGUACAGUUCGCGUAACGGUUACCACCGGGACGACGACUUGUACCUACACUGUUAAGGCCACAGCAACGCCAGUCUCUGGCCGUCAUCUCGCCCGCGCCGACAGCUCGAACAUUCAGCUUGGUCCUCGGAUUCCAGUUCGCCAUGCUGGCGGCGCACAUGUUCAACCCUACUCAGGUGCCGAACUGAAGGAACGGGCGGCGUCUGUUACCCCUGUCAUCGGCAAACCAGACGUCACCUACCCGCCGUACGGAGUGACCACGAUCUACGUCAAGAGCAUCAGCACCUCCCUCUACACCAUAACGACGUACUACACCUCCUAUUGGGCUAGUCCAGUCAUGACCACCACCAUUCGGGUCAAGGCGACGGAGAUCAAGACUGUCACUGCCACGGUGACCCCCACACCCACAUCAACGCCCUGA